AUGAAACCAACACUCAAAGAUUGUACAACCAAGAAAACAAGCACAAAUAUGUCAAGGAUGGUUUCCAUGAUUAUGUUGUUGAUAAAGAAAAAGGUGCCGUUAACCCUGAUAAAACCGGUACCAAAGCUGCUGCUUGGUUCACUUUUGAUAAUGUUCCAGCUGGUGAUUAUGUCACCAUUCGUUAUAAGUUCACCAGAGACAAGAGCGAAGUUGAUGAAUAUGAAUUGGAUCAAAUAUUCACCCAACGUCAAGCCGAGGCUGAUGAAUUUUACUGGAAAGUCAGUCCAUUCCCACUUUCUGAAGAUCUUAGAAGUAUUCUUCGUCAAGGUUUUGCAGGUUUGCUUUGGACCAAACAAUUCUAUUAUUUUGCCCAUAACUACUGGGCCAAUGGUGAUCCAAACACCAUUAAGCCACCAAUGA